UCAAGAAAUAAGCAUUUUGUGUAAUGUCAAUACUGUUGUCACGCCUAACAAGAGUAAAUCGUUGCAAUGAGUAUAUAACAUAAUAUUUGAGAGACAACAAAGGGCCUUUUGGCCCAUCGUGGCUUUUCAAUUCAUUUCACUGAAAAAACAUCUGCCUAAAUCAAGUCGUGAUUUUCUAGAAUUUGUUUCCAUCUUGUGGGUAUCAGUAAGAAACUUUGGUUCUAUUAUGGCGGAAGAGUCGAUGUUUUCAGUGCAGCCUUUCAGGAGGACAGGCCAUGUUGCUGUGACGUAUAAUAAAUGUAUGCUAGUUUGGGGAGGCUACAAGAAUUCUACUGAUGACACAGAUGCUCGCUAUCUUCCAGGUUCAGAACUUUGGGUGUUUGAUCCUCUUGCAGAAAGAUGGCAGCUGAAACCAUGUGAAGGUAGUGCCCCACCUGGUACCUCCGGAGCAACGGCUAUCGUUGUAUCAGAUUCUCUUUACAUCUUUGGUGGGUAUCGGGACAAUGGAAACACAAAUGACUUGUAUCGACUAGAUCUGGAUUCUUUAGUGUGGGAGUUUGUGGUUGGUGAAAAUGUACCUCCAGUGCCAUGUGACAAACUGGUGGGAUGGCAAUACAGAGAUAAGCUAUUUUUCUUUGGCGGAUUUGGAGUGAUUCCAACAGCUGAGGUAAAUCAACAAAAGGGAUUCCAGUUUGUAGUGGAUGAAUCCACACCAUGGCAUUAUCGACGUGGAUGGAACAACCAAUUUGUGAUGUUUGACCCAGAAAUAACUGCUUGGAAAUGGUUGACAUAUGAUGGUACAGCACCAUUGCCAAGAGCAGCUCAUGCUGCUGCUCGAAUAUCAAACCGAGUAUACAUCUUUGGUGGUCGAUAUAGAAACACGAGAAUGAAUGACACUCACUGUGUAGAUAUGACAACUUUAACUUGGAGUGGAAGUCUUCCAACUAGAGGACCCCAACCCAGAGGGCGUUCUUGGCAUAGCUUAACAGGACUUUCUUCAGAACGACUAGUCCUUUAUGGUGGUUUCAGUCAAAAUAGUGAACCUUUAAGUGACUGCUGGCUGUUGGAGUUGUCUUCACUGACAUGGAUACAAGUUGCACUUCCAUUUCAAAAACCAAGGUUGUGGCACUCGGCAGUCCUUAGUCCUUUUGAUGAAGUUCUCAUUUAUGGUGGCUGUACCCAGAAUAUUCUCGACCAAGACAUUAUACCAGAACAUGCUGGAGAAAUUAUCAUUUUGAGAUUCACUCCCAAAUCAUUAUUUAGGAUAUGUUUGGAUCGUACUAUCCAGUGUGAGGGAGUGCUUCGAUGCUACUGGCCACUUCUUCCUAACAGUGUUCAGCAAUUGUUACGAUCUCGACUGAUUGGAAGUCGCCACACGAGCCUUGGUGGAUCUUGAGAGUCUCUCUUACAGAAAGUUUUUUUUAAUAUAAAGUUAAAAGUUCGUCAGAAUCUUGUAAAGAAACCCGUGAGGUAUACAUUGCUUGGAACUGUGAUAGUGUAUUUAUUUUAUUUUUUAAAAAAAAUGUACAAAUGACAAUAAUUUACAUAUAAAUCUGGGUUUUUGGAGGUGAGUGAAUCUCCAAUCUUCCAUACUUGUACUGUAUAGAUGUUCCCUAAAAGCCAGCUACAAAACUUGAAUGUAUUUGUGAAGGUAAACAUUACCUAUAUGUAUUUGAAAAUCAAGAACAGAUUAUUAAUUAACAUAGUGACAAGGCAACAGUGUUGUUGUUUGGGUUGGUCCAGUAACAAUUUGAAAUUUUAUCUAGUGAGAAAAAUAAUUAUCAGAGAAAUUUUUGUCUCGUAUUACAUUAUAAUUUGGCAAUAGCUUUUGUAGAACCUGUAUGAAAUUCACCAAUAUUACAUUACACUCCCAUUCAAAUUUUUAAACUAUACAAGAAAUACUAACCAUAGCUUCAAUAAAAUAAUCUUUGGUAAGUUUAAUUGUAUGUAAACAGAUGUAGAAAAGUUAAAAAGGUUGGCUGAAAAUGGUUUCAAUUUCUUUUUUCUUUCAGAAAGUUUGGGGAAUGGCUUAUUAAAACAGUUUAAAAAUAUUGUGUCUUCCGAGGAUUGACUUUCUAGAAUUUGUUAUUAACAAAUAAGAAAUUUGUUUGUUAGUCUCACACGUGAAGUACGCAUAUUACUGUUACAGUUGAUUCUCCUUGUAACAAUAAAACAAUUUAAGAACAUUCUGUGUUCAAAAUAAUAAAAAAUAUUCUUUAAAUUGAGCAACAAAAACCAAUGUAAAAUCUUACAUAACCUUCACAUGACACAUGAAAACAUUUAACAGUUUAAGGAAGUAUUGUCAUAAGACAUCUAUUACAGUUUGAAUGAGAUUACUACUGUGUUCUGUCUUGGUUGGAAAAAAAAAUUAUUUCAAGGAAAGUAGUAAUGCAAAGGAUUUGCUAUUUAAACCAAUUAAACUAAUGAAUCUUAGGAAAAGGUUAUUUUCAUAAUGUAGAACAAGCUAACAGUACAUAAAAAAGAAUAUAUAUGCUAAUCAAAAUGUUCAGAUGAACUGUAAAUAAUAUUGAGGUUUUUCUGACUAUACACUUACUAAACCAUCGUGUACAUGAGCACAGUUUAUGCACAGGGUUCUUGGUUAUCUUACUACCCAAGUUAUAGCACAAAAGAACAUUUCUGAGGAGACUGCUUCACACGGCCUAUGUUGAAUAUACAAGUUGUAUUUGAAACUGUAAAUAUGUGUUAAAGAUUUCUUUUUCACCAGAGGUGAAAUUGAAAAAAGAAUGUAUGAUGUAGAGGCCUAAUGUAUUCUUUGAUUGGCCAUACCCUCUGCUAUAGAAUGCAGUUUUGACUAUUCAAAGAUCCUCAAUACAGCUUGGGUCAGCAAACCAAAGAAAUACCAUUAAGCCUCUCAUAAUGGAGUUUGAGUCCAUUUUACUUCACUAUGUGGUGAACUCAAAACCCCAUAGAUUUAUUUGAAAUUGUUUUCUAGAUAUUUAACCUUUGUAUAUGUGUGUGAAGUUCCAAAACUUUUUACUUAAACCUCUAACAAUUUGAAAAUGUUAAUCAUCUUAUUGUGUAUUUCAAGUACUGACUUUCCACAAUUUGUUGUUCAGAAAUUAUCAUUUUCAACGUUAUUUGGUAGCUAAAUUAAAUAUUGAAAGAUAACUGAACUUAUCAGAAACAAAAAUAGAAAUAUAAUUCAAGUAAGGGUUUACAUAUCAUUUUAUUGUUUUCAUAUUGUACAGAUCUUUUUUACAAGUUAUACCUCUAAGAACAAUUUUUUUCACUCAAAAUUAAAACAAAAGGUUAUCACUAAGUGAUAAAUUAAGGAUAUAUAAACAGUGUAACUAAGACAAGAAUGUUAGCAUUACAAUCUCAUUGUAAAAACUACUAACUUUUUAAAACUAACAUGUAAGCUAUCUUGUAAACAAUGUUUAUGUUAUUCUGUUUGUGUAUAUUUGGAUUGAUUGUGUGUUUUAACCACACUUUUUCCUGCAUUAAAUUUCACAUUCAAAA